GCAGAAACAGCUAGCUUACUGACCAUGGCUGGAAUAUAUGGGAGCAACAGCGCAGCUGAGCGUAUUGGAUACAUCACGCGGGCCCAGAGCUUCAGCGCCUGUCACCGACUCCACAGCAUUCACUUGAGUGAUGAGGAGAAUAAACGAGUUUAUGGAAAAUGCAACAACCCCAAUGGUCAUGGACACAACUACAAAGUGGAGGUAACAGUGCGUGGAAAGAUUGAUUCGCUGACUGGCAUGGUCAUGAACUUGACAGACUUGAAGAGGUGCAUUGAGGAAGUCAUCAUGAUUCCACUGGACCAUAAAAACCUGGAUGAGGACGUCCCAUACUUUGCCAGUGUUGUCAGCACAACUGAGAACGUGGCUGUUUACAUCUGGGACAACAUGGUGAAGGUGCUCCCAUCCAACCUGCUCUACGAGAUUAAGAUUCAUGAGACUGAUAAAAAUGUUGUCAUAUAUCGAGGAGAGUAGAGUGUUGAUAUAAUGUGAUGUUUGAUCAGGCAACCCUUGACAUGUACAAGUGCCAUUCAUUGCAUUAUUAUUUAGCUAACUUCACUGUUUGCCCACUGAUGACUGCAGGCUUUGGUUAGUUGGACACUAAUACAGAUUUAUGACGGUUGAUAGAUGGUAUAGAUGAUUGUUUUGAUGAUUGUUUGUUACACUUGCCCUUGAUAGACAAACGAUUUUGUAGCAAAUCCAAAAGUUCAGUAUUCUUGUAGAAAUUGCAUUCUUGUAAGGGUGGAAAACAUUAUUAAGACCAAACUUGCUUAGCUUAUUAACCCUUAAAACAAUGUCUACUUGUGAACCCUUAUUGCAGUGUGUAGUUUUCUACAGGUUGUAACCAGGUCAACCAAAAAGCGCUUUUUAGUUUUUAUUAGAGUGAUUUUUAAAGGCCUGAAGAAAUUAGAUAAACAUUUAAACAAAUGUGCAAAACUUUUUUUGUAGCAUAAUUCUGCUUCAGUUCAUUACACCUUGAGGAAACCUUGAUUUAGACCUUCACAUGAACCUACUAAAUAAAGGUAAUUAAUCAUUCUUAUACAUGUAGUAUCAAAUAUUACAUGCAUGUCUAUUUUAUCUUUAGUAAAUCAAUUCCAUAUGUUAGCAGCAUAAGGCUUUAUCCCUAACAUGGACAGUUACACCCUUUCACAGUAAAUUUACCACCAGAGUGUUUCAACUGUGACUGAAAAAAUGAUCAACAAAUAUCUCUGAAUGAAGUCAGAGUAAUGUGUUUGUGGGGAUGUUUACACUGUUUCACCAUGGCAACUUGUGAACUAGCCAACUAGUGACAUCUAGUGGUACCAAACUGUACAUCUCUAAAGUUGUUGCAUUAAAGUUGCAUUUUUGCCAGUGAUGAAA